CCCCCGGUCAUAUUUAACGCGGGACUCUCCGUGGAGCAGCGCCUCUUCUUCAGUAACCUGCCGUCGAUACUUAGUUUUGGCGUACUUGGCACCUUGGUGUCGUUCGUACUGAUGUCGGCUGCAACCUCACGUCUGUUCCCCUUUACCCCCCCCCCCCCCAAGGACUGUUUGGCUCUGGGUGCGGUGUUCGCCGCCACGGACUCUGUGGCCGUGCUGGGUUUACUCGACCCCCGCACCAACCCCCAGCUCUUCAGCCUGGUGUUCGGGGAGGGUAUCGUCAACGAUGCCACCAGUGUCGUACUGCUGGGGGCUCUGGCGCGGAUGAUCAAAAGUCAUUCCUGGGGAAUAGCUCUCCUCUCUCCUUCCCCCCCUUUCCCCUUCCCCCUUUUCCCCUCCACCAAAAAGCUCGGUGGUGUCCUCCUCCGGGAGGUGUGUAUGUGUGUGUGUGCCUUUUUCGCGCGCACUGCCAUGCCGCAGGAGGUUGCGGUGGUUGGGCUAUUGUCGUACCUGGCGUACCUGGCGGCGGAGGUACUGGGUCUGUCCGCCAUCCUCUCACUCUUUUGCUGUGGGGCCACCGUCUCACACUUUGCUCUGCGGAAC